GGCAGACUAGAAAUUUAAUUCACCUGUAGAACCAAAUAUUUACAUUGUGUCUCUUAUUUUAUUUUAUUGAGAUUUAUGACAGACAAACACAAAAACAUCUUGAACAUCGUGAAGAAUCAGGGGAAGAUGUAUUUGUUAGUGACUCCAUAACUGACAUAAAACAUAUGUCACCUGAAUCAUGUAGCUACACAUGCAGUAAGUACUCCUAUGAAGAGAUGCUGCCUAGCGUACAUGACAUGCAAAAUAAAUCCCAGUUUCAGAAACAAGUGUUUAAAAUCCCCCUAAUUGCUUUUGCAGCAAUCGCAGCUAAUUUUGCAGUUACUUGAAAAGCUUUUAUUUUGAAAAACCAUGACAUGGCGGAAGUAAACAAUAAUCACGUUACAACCCGGAAGGAUUGCCUUUCUGUGAUUAACGUUUGAAUAGACAAGAAUGACCAAUUUAUCCUGUGAAGAAACCAUUAAACGCGAUGCUGCUAACAUCGUUCGGCCUCUGAAAGUCAUAUUUGUGUCUUAAUCUUCGGCGUUGGGGGCAGAGGCGGUCGAGUGUGAGCAGCAACGCCCUGAUGCCAGCCUCCCCGUCGGAGAAAAAUAAGCUCGCUGUGUUUACAACUCGGUGGAGAGAGGCUGUUUCCCCGCAGUGUGUCGUUAGCUAAUCGUGCGGCUGCUGUGAGUGUUUUAUAGGCGAAGAAAAAACAUGGCUGAACUGCAUGUUGUGGAACCGAGCGGUACUGGCACCAUAGAACAGCCCGAGCACCGUGAUGUGCGCGGCUCCGUGCGCCUGGCUUCGCCCACUCUCAUGGUUCCCCCGCGGAGCAGCCAGCCUAGUCCCGGCGGGGUGUCGAGCGGCGGCGGCGGCAGCGGAGGAGGAGGAAGGUCGGUGUUCGGAUUCCCGGCGAAGAGCAACCCCAGCUCCCCGUCCGAACCGGUGGACAAGCCGGGCUCACGCUGGGUCCGGCUUAACGUCGGUGGGACCUACUUCAUCACGACCAAACAGACACUGUGCAGGGACCCCAAAUCCUUCCUGUUCCGACUGUGUCAAGAAGACCCAGACCUGGACUCUGACAAAGACGAGACGGGAGCCUACCUGAUCGACAGGGACCCCACAUACUUCGGCCCCAUCCUGAAUUACCUUCGGCACGGAAAACUGAUCAUGGAUAAAAAUCUGGCAGAGGAAGGGGUUCUCGAGGAAGCCGAGUUCUACAACAUCGCGUCACUGGUGCGGCUGGUGAAAGAGAGGAUACGGGACAACGAGAACCGGACGUCUCAGGGCCCUGUGAAGCAUGUGUAUCGAGUACUACAGUGCCAAGAGGAGGAACUCACACAGAUGGUCUCGACCAUGUCGGACGGUUGGAAGUUCGAGCAGCUUAUAAGUAUCGGCUCCUCAUAUAACUAUGGAAACGAGGAUCAGGCAGAGUUUCUAUGUGUAGUUUCCCGGGAACUCAACAACUCCACCAACGGCAUCGUCAUCGAGCCCACCGAGAAGGCCAAGAUCCUUCAGGAGCGAGGCUCACGGAUGUGAAGAGACCCAGCUCCUCAGCUAAAUAUCAUUUUAUCAACAAAAACAAAACAACAACAUGAACAUUUUCUCCCCCUCCCCCCCCACCCCCUCCUUCACCUCUCUACCAUCACCACCACCUUCAUCAUCAUCAUCCUCCACCCCCUCCCCCCUCCUCCCUCCCCCCUCCUCCUCUGGUGUGCCUUUCCACAGCGGGGGCUCCCUGAUGCCCCCUCCCUCCCCUCCUGUGCUGCUCAUAGCAGCUUCUUGAUGGUCAGUGUCACGGCGAUGCGGGCUGCGGUGCUGAUUGUAGCCUCCUGUUGUCGGUGGAUGGACGCCCAGCACAGAGCUAAUAUACAUGAUCAUCCUCAUCAGCAUCCUCAUCAUCAUCAUCGCUGUUAACAGACAGGAUACUUGCUCGCUCUUGUACAUCUGGCUCUGUCGACUUAGCAGAAAAUCUCCUCAGGACUCUCAAAGGACAUAAAGGAAUGAACACAACCCCACUGACUGAGCCUCUCUCUUUACCUGAAUCUGUUCAUGGAGCGAGCGACUCCAGACUCCUCGGCCGAUGUAUGAGGCGCGCUGCGGCACAGCAAAACCGAGCCAGGAGGUCCAGAGGUGGAGGAUAAGACGGAGCGGCCGCAGGCAGCGUGACGCAGAGUCCGAUCACUCUGGUUGAGGCAGCGUUUCCUCUACUCUCCUGAGUCUUUUAGAAACAGCUUAAUCAAGUGACAGAUUUUCAUCCUUACAGACGCCCUGUCUUGGCUCGGCGCGGCGAUGGCGCUGCUGGAAGAUCACGGCAUCCCGCUCCUCCUGUUUCCUGUUCUUGGGCUCGAUCCGAUCUAUUCCCGCAGGGAGAAAAUUUGGGAUAUUUUAGCGCAAAACAAAAGAAAUGACUCAAAAAGACUACACCUAUGUACAAUUUGUCAAGGCAUGUGAGGAAUCUAUAUAAAUCUAUAUAGGCUACAUGAUGAAAUUAUAUGAAAAAUUGAAUGCAAAUGGUGUAAUUAUUGAUUUCUGUAUCAUAGUUGUCAUAUAUUUACAUAUUCUGGUGAGUGAGUCUAUUUAAACGAUGGAGAAAUUAUCAGUUUUCAUAACCAGUUUUCCCGCUCACACAGGUGUGAGUAUGUGUAUGCAGUGCCUCUCUGCUUUCUGUCCAUGACUGAAGUAUCACAAGUUUUUCAGCUGCACGUUUUCUGUAGUGUUACUCAAAAAAAAAAAAACACUUGUCACUGAGUUUUUCUCUUAAAUAUCCUACUUCGAUCUCUUGCAUAUCUUAAAAUUGUAAUUAGGGACAAGGAAAACUACUGUUGUUGCCAUUUUGCCCAGACAAGUGUGGCGUGGCAGGGGAUUGGACUGUGGCCAGUCUGUAUGCUGCCUCAAAACCCUGAGACACCCCCUCCCUCCCUGGCCUCGUGCUGCUCUCAUGCCAAUACUCACUCACUUUGCAGCUACCUCUGUUGCCGCCCCUCAACUUAACACCCUUAAUGACUGUGUUGUCUUACAUUCUGCAGCACCUGUAGCAACUGUGGCGCAAAGCUGAAUAGUGCUCCUCGCGCUUAAAGCCCUGAGAUACCUGAGCCUGCAUUUAUCACACAAAUUCACGUACUGUCAGUGAACCUGCCAGAUGGGAAAUGUGUCCUCCGCUUUCUGAGCUUCAGAGAGGAGCCUUUAUUUCAGAUGUUAUGUGACUUUUUUUUUUUUUUUUCUGUGCCAGCAGAUGGAAACUAACUUGGCUAAAGUAUAUUUCUCUGGAAUAUACUUGACAUUUAGUUGCUGUGUGAUCGUGCUGUUUUUAACACCUGUAACAACAUUGGAGUAACAUGCAAAUACAGGAAACACUAGCCUGGGUCUGGACCUUUGAAUCACUGCCCGUGAAAGUUAAUGACUAUCAGGCCUAAUACAUACAAAUAUAUGUUUUCUAAUUAUUUAUAAGUAACAUGAAAGAGCGUUUGAGUUUUGUGCAAGAAAAGUGAAUUGACUUCUACUUUAAAUGUUAAUAGAGCGGGCACUAUUUGUCGUUCUGCGGAAAAUUCAUCAACAGUUAGUUCUUAUAUUUCUUAUAUUAUAUAUUUAAUAAUCAUUUAUCAAUCAGAAAGGUCGCACUCACUGAUUUCAGCUUCUCGUGAGGAUUUCCUUCUUUUCUCAGUUUUAUAUCUGUUGUAUCUAGAAUAUUAUUUUAUAUAUGAUAAGACAACUGAAGAUGUCUCCUUGGACUAUUACAGCUUGGAUUUGGCAUUCUUUGCUAUUUUCUGUUAUUUUAUACACAAAACAAUGAUAUUGAUCAAGAAAAUAAUCAGCAGAUUGGUCUGUAAUGAAAAUAAUCAUAUUUUGCAGCCCUUAGCAGUCGCUGAACCACAGGGCUGCAACUAAUGAUUAUCACUUAAUCUCUCAGAGCCUGAAAGUGAGGUCUUUAAAUGUCUUCAAACAGUCUAAAAACCAAAAAUAUAGAAUUUACAAUGACGUGCUACAGCGAAAAGCAGCAAAUUCUCACGUUUAAAAAGCUGACAACUGAAUUUUUGUGGCAUUUCUGCUUCACAAACGACUAGAGCUGAUGAAUUAAUUACAAAUAUCAGCUGAUGUGAAUAUAAUGUUGUUACUGGUGUGAGUGCAGCCUCGUCACAUGAGCGACUCGAUGCACAGUACGAGCCAUAUUUACACAUAUCAGAUGGAAAAUCGAAACAUCUCAUUGAUGCCCAUUGUGCAGACAUUUUAACCAGGAGCAUCCAGUCUUGACGUGACCCACACCCUAUCACUGGCAUUGAUCACUUUGAUACAUCGCCCUUUGUAUAAAGAGCAUACUUGAUGCAGUUAUGUUAUAUCAAGCAUGAACAAAAAGAAUGCGUUUAAUGGGGAAAAAAAAAAAUGUACCUUUGCUGUUGUCAUGCUCCCUGACCAUGUUCAGUCAGGCCUCAGAGCUCAGACUUUGAUGUGACUUCUUCUUUGUCGUUUUAUUUUAUUUUAUUUUUUUUCCUCUCAAGCGUGUGUUGUGCAGUUUUAUUCUACUCCAGUCGGAGUCGUGAGCAGACCGCGUGCUGCCUGAAAAUGCCCAAACGUCUCAUCGAGGAGCAGUUUUUUUUUCUCCCUUGUUGUUCUCUGGGCCUUUUGCAAAGCACCUUGGGUGUUGUUUCCCUUCGUCUGUGUCCAGUGUUGUGCCUUUGACCUGUGUUGUGCACAGUUGUUCUCCCCUCUUAUCAUAAGGUGCCUCUCAUACCUUAAAAAAUGCCAGGAGGCACCUACCUGAGGUAAAAUGUAUAAUGCGGUCGUUAGCUUGUUUUCUGUUGUGAGUGUUUCAGUGAGAGGCAAGCCAAACAAAAUCCAUUACCCCCUGCAUUAUUUGAAGUUUUAUUAUAUAUGACUACAAAAUGAAAAUGAUUAACAGCUGCUUUCUUUGUGCCAUUGCAUUGAACAUCCACCCACAAUCCCUUACGCUCCUGGAGAUUCAAAAUGUGUCUCUGCUGUAAACACUCAUGGUUGGUUUGAAUUGUGUUUACAGCACUUUUAAAUGGAUGGGAAGCAGGGUAGACCAGUCGAAGCAGGUUUCCCUCCUCUGCUUUUAUCUUAGUAAAACUCCAGCAGUGCACUUGUUUAUCAGAAAAGCGAUUUGACUAUAAACUCGCCAUCAUUUGGCUUCUUGUUAUUUUUUUUCUUUUCUUGAGUUGCAUGCUGAAGCCAUCUCCAAUGACCCCAUUUUUAGAUGUAUGUAAUCAACCUUUAAAGCACUUACUGUACCUGUCACCUUUGUGAACCCAGUUUGAUCUUACCUUGGUUGCAUAGUUCAGUGGUUCCCAACCUGAGGGUCAGCAUCCCCAGAGGAGAUCACAAAAUAGGAAGUGAGAGAAAACAUAUUUCUAUUAGAGGAAUCUGCUUAUUUUUUUAAUUAACUGCUUUUUAUUAGCCAUGCUAGUCAGUGGAAUAAUCAUUGCUCCCAGAGGAUGAACCCUACCGACUUGGGUGAUGUCCUAAUUUUUCAUGUAGCAGCAAAAUUUGAAAUGGCAAUGACAUUCCCUUCACUCUCAACUGUAUUCAUGUUUAGUGCUAAUUACCAAGUGUUAGCAUACUAAUACACUGAGCUAGAAUGGCUAAAAGGUUAAAAAUUAUACCUUUUAAACAGAGGCAUGUUAGCAUUUAGCUCAAAACAACACUGCAGCUAAGUUACAGCCCUAGAGCUGCUAGCAUGGCUGUAGACACUUAAUGUUGUUAUUAUUAGCCUUGGUCAUUGGUUGGUUACACGAACUAGAUGCAUUCAUUAAAGUUUGUACAGGCAUUCCUGAUCCUCAGUAGGUUAAUCCCAAUGAUAGUGGUGAUCAACUGUACUCUGUGUUUAGUGCUAAUUUGGAUAUGUUACUAUGCUACUAUGCUAACUCUUUCAACCCCUGCCUGCUAGGAUAGCUGUGGUCUCUUAGACUUAUUUCUUGUGAAUUGCUCGAUGGUUUUACUUCUUAAAAAAUAUUCAAGAAAACAAGGGAAGUAAUUCACUCUUUCCUUGAACUGGUUACAUUUUGUAAACAUAUGUAACCUGUGAUGAAAUCUCCUAUUUAAGGGGCGAUGAGCUAAAAAAAAAAAAAAAGGUUGAGAACCACUGAACUCUGCAGUGUGAUUAUUGUAAUAUUUGACUCAAGCAACCAUUUCUUUAAACAAAAAAGAAAGAACUUUUAAUUAAGUUUUUACUUUCACCUGCACUAGCUAGUCUACAGAUAAUGUGCAAUGUUAACAAAUCUGCAAAAAAAAAAAAUUAAAAUAUAUCUGUGUUGUUUGGGCACGUGAAAAACAUGAGAGCAUGCAUUGUUCUAGAGAUUACGAUGUCGUGUACUGGAUUGUGUCUGACCUCUGUGUUAGUGCAAAGUGUAUGUGAUGCAUGGUGGGGGGAGCAGAGGGAAGGCAUGGCUCUGUGGUUUGUAGGUGUAGAUUUCUUGUGUGGAACAGUUGGUCUACAACUAGACAUAUUCUCUACUCACAUGUUCCGUUUCUUUGUUGUUUUUUGUAUCUUUGACAUGUCGGUUGAAUUUAACGGUAGAUAAAGAAUAGUUAGCUUUGAAAACAAAUUAACCAAUCAGAUUGCAGGACCCCACCCUGACCCCGCCCGCCCGUUCCAACCUUGGUUUAUAUAGCAUUUAUGCGACCCCCACCCCCCCAGGUCCACACACAAAAGAAAGAUUUUUUUAAUCCAUGGGUCAUUUUGCCAGUUAAUCUGUAAACACCUGCAUGCGUUUGUGGACAUGCACACUUGUACACUCAUUUAGACGUGCUGAAAAAAUGUCACCUAACAGUUACUUUGUGUUCAUUUAUCAACAGUAUUGAUGUCAAAUGUGAAUAUUGUCAAUGGAGACUGUGGAGAAAUGUUUGGAAGCUGACAAAACAUUUUUGUCCUGUUUGUUUCACUUUUAUUUAUUUUGUAUUUUUUGAAUUUUGUCUACCAAUGUCGUUUCUUUACAUGUAACAAUUUUAACAAAACCCAGUCUGGUUUUUAAUCAUAAAAUGUGUCUGUGUUUUAAAA